CCCAUUGCCCUGGGGAUGACACGACCCCACCAGGUCUGUACACCCUGCCCACGCUGGGCCACCCUGUCCUGUGACCGCCUCCACCACGCCCCCGCUGUUAGCUCUUUGUCCUGCCUCUGCGUCUUUGCACACCCAGAGCACGGCUGCCUUCUCUCCGCCCUCGUCCAACUCCUCAUCCUUGGGGAGAGGCCUUGGCAAGCUUCCUUUAUCCCCAGUCCUCGUAGUGCGGUUAGCGAUACAGGUUAUGUGUAUUUACUAUUUGUCUUUCCCCGGAAUGUCAGCUCCGCGGAAGGCAGACACGGCGUCUGUUUUGCUCUCCAUCCCGACCCCCCCUCGACCCCCCCACGCCGCGCACAGUGCCGGCGUUCAGCGGGUGCCCGGCGGCGCCUUUUGCCGAAUUGCGAUUUACAGGCGAGCAGCCGGAGGCUGGUGAUCCGUCCGCUGUGGAGUCGCGCUGAGCUCUCGGAGCUUCCGAGGGCCUGGCAGACAGGCGGCCGAAGUCAGAGGCGUGGGGAAAGCGUUCCGGGCUUCGAGCGCUCGCUUGGGCCCGGGAGCGCUCGGCGUCGCCAGGGGUUGCUGGUGUCCGUGCCGCGGCCGCAGCUCCCCAGGCUCCCUCCGCGGGCGGGCACGUACCGAGCCACGCCCACGCCCACGCCCACCGGGAGGGGUCUGGGGCGCGCGGCAAUCCCAGAGCGGACUGGCCGAGUGGUGCAAGGGGCGGGCUCUCGGGGCCCCGCCCCCCCGUGCGCCCGCCCUACAAGCGCCCAGAGGGGCCUCGCCGGGCCUGAAAGACCUGGCGGGUUGCGUCCGAGCUCCGGUGCGCGGGCGUUGUGGCCCUGGCGGGGGAGGGCAGUUGCUCUAGGUACCCGGCCCCGGCCUGCCCCACCCCAGUUCCCUCAGCACACGAAAACUGGGAGGCUUAGGCCCGGCGGCAAGGGUAGGGCAAACUCGCCUCCUCCCCGUCCGCCCCUCGAAACUUCUGAGGUCUUCCCAGGGUUUGCCAAAAAGACGUUCAUUUCCUACUCGGAGACCUUUAAGGAAAACUUCCGGCAGGGGCUGGUAGUAGAGGUGGACCUGCAGAACCAGACGGUGCUGCUCGAGGAUGGCGAGGCCCUGCACUUCUCACAUCUUAUCCUGGCCACUGGCAGCACCGCGCUCUUUCCGGGCAAGUUUAACCGGGUGGCCAGCCGGGAGGUUGCUAUCCAGGCCUACGAGGACAUGGUGAAGCAGGUCCGGCGCUCGCGGUCCGUGGUGGUGGUGGGAGGCGGCUCUGCCGGAGUGGAGAUGGCGGCAGAGAUUAAAACCGAAUUCCCCGAGAAAGAGGUCACUCUCAUCCACUCCCACGUGGCCCUUGCCGACAAGGAGCUCCUGCCCUGUGUCCGGCAGGAAGCGAAGGAGAUCCUGCUCCAGAAAGGCGUGCGGCUGCUGCUGAGUGAACGGGUGAGCAACCUGGAGGAGCUGCCCCUCAACGAGUAUCGAGAGUGCAUCCAGGUGCACACGGACAAAGGCACAGAGGUGGCCACUAACCUGGUGAUUGUCUGCAACGGUAUUAGGAUCAACAGCGCCGCCUACCGCAGUGCGUUCGCACCCUUCCUGGACAAGGAGCUCCUGUUUGGGUCCUACAGGAAAGAACUGGCCAAUCACAGAAGAAGGAAGCUAGCCCCGGCCAUGAGUAGGGAAAGUCAUCUGGCCAGCGAUGGCGCUCUGCGAGUGAACGAGUAUCUCCAGGUGGAGGGCUGCAGCCACAUCUAUGCCAUCGGCGACUGCGCAGAUGUGAGGGAGCCCAAGAUGGCCUACCACGCCGGCCUCCACGCCAACGUUGCCGUGGCCAACAUCGUCAACGCCAGGAAACAGAGGCCCCUCAAGGCCUACAAGCCAGGCGCGCUGACGUUCCUCCUGGCCAUGGGGAGAAAUGACGGCGUGGGCCAGAUCAGCGGCUUCUAUGUGGGGCGGCUCAUGGUUCGGCUGGCCAAGAGCCGGGACCUGUUCGUCUCCUCGAGCUGGAAGACCAUGCGGCAGUCUCCACCCUGAGCGGGAGCUGGGCCGCCGCCAGGUGAACGGAUUGCUUGACCAGAGGUACCCACCUGACAAAGGCCAAAGAGCAAAGGCUCGUUUCCUAGAGUAAGGUGCCAGUGAUGGACUGACCAGAAACCCACCUUACAGAAAACCAAAACCGGGAGAGAAAGAGAGAGCCGGAGAGGGAGAGAGAGGGGCAUUAGAAAAGACACCCCCUAGAGGAUGCUUUCUGGGGUUGGAGAGGUCGGCUUGCAGUUGUGCUGGCUGAGGGGUUCGCCUGGUCCUGGGGAGGGCAUAGCCAGCCUUCUCUACCCCGGGCUCUUCGUGUGUGUGUGUGAAUGCACGUGUUGGCAUUCAGGACUCUCAGAGCAAGAGAGAGCAGGCUCUCCUGGUGGCUGAAAUCCUGUCUUAUUAGGGCAGGCAGGGGAACCUGCAUGGUGGGACCAUCUAAGGAGUGGGAUUUGGGGUCGAGAUGGUCUGCACCCCGAGCCUCUCCCAUCAGAUCAUGGGUGGGGAAGCCUGUGCAUUCUUCGACACCCAGGUUGUUAAUAGGAGCCUAAUUUUAAACUGUUAGUCCCUGUAAUCUUUAAUCUUCACAAAACUUUAUAUAUUUCCAUUUCUAGGUCCCGAUGAUAUACCAUAGGUUACAUUUAAGAAGAGUUAGAUAAAUUUCCCUCCCGGUUAGCCUAUCCUAACAGAGAGUGAGUUUUUCCAAAGCUAACAGGUUAAGACAGAAGCCUGGCCCGCCAGCCACUGGACAUGUUAAGGAAAGGCAGCCGAGCUAAUGGGACCCUUGGGUGGGUUGCCACUGGGCUGGUGUUCAGGGAGCGGAGCGGGGCUCAACAUGCUUCUAGGCUGCCGUCACGGUCAGUUGUGCAAGGUACAAAACUCCGGCUGAUGCUGGGGGUGGGGGACCCUGUGGGAACCUCUGGGGUUUUGUGCUUCUGGUUUCCUGGCCAACCCCAGUGACAUUUAUGUGGAGGCCCAGCCGUGUGGCAAUGCCUGCCACUGACCGUGUUAAGGCACAUAAAGGACUCGUCUGUCUGGGAGAAGACUUCCAGUUGGGGGGAGGGAGUUUAUUUUGGAAGACGUGGGUUAAAUCUCCAUAAUGGAAGUGGUUGGUGAUCUCACUGGAAUAAAUUCAGGCCCGGCUCACUUUUGAUGGUGGCCUCUGGGUACUUGGCCAGAGUCCUUGGGACACCAGCCUCACCAGGGUUCUGAGUGCUCCCUGUCUGGGCUGUGGCCUGGGUCGGUUCCAUUUGUUACCCAGGCCUAAGUGACACGCGUGCCUCUCUCCCAAAGGAUGACUACCCCACCGGAGGCUUCACCCAGGGCUCCGUUCCUGUGGGCCACGGCCAACCAGGCUCCCCUUCUGGAAGCAGGACCUGCUGCCUGAGAGACAAAGGCUAUUCUGUGCUGUCUGACCUGGGGACUAGCAGGGUGGGAGUCUUGGCUCAUUAGUGACAGGCCUUGUCCUAUUUAUAACAUUUUACAAGUGUCCCCCCAUGGGGACAUGGUUUUUCCAAACUGAGGAAAAUAUUGCAAUAAAAGAAUAUGUUGUAAGAAAGACA